AGGAGCUGAUUUUACGAUUUUAUUCGGGCACGACACGUCCACGGAAUUCACGUGUGCCCGGUCACUGAUGAAAACACACGGUGUUAUGCCGCAUUCAUCUGCCGGGGUGGGUCUCGCUGAACACCGCUGCAUGGCGCUACCGCUUACUGCUGCAGAACGAGGUGUGCCAAAGAUAUCCAAAGGAGCAGUUAAUAUGAUCAUAGCAAGACUUGUGUUCUUGCUCAUCCUCCCGUCACUGGGUGUGUGUGCUCCACAAGUACAGAAAACCUCCAGUGAUGGCGUUCUUCCAUCAGACUUUGCCAAUCCUUUUGGGUCCAGCGAAAACAACCACAGGCUCUUGCAAAGCUACAUCAAGAGCAACCUGAAGGAGGGACAGGCCAGUCCGGAGCUUAACACAAGGGAGCAAGAGAUGUUCUUCCUCUUCUCCUUGUAUGACUAUGAUAGAAGUGGGCAGAUGGAUGGCCUUGAAUUGAUGCAGCUUCUGACAGAUUUCCUGUCUCAUCAUGCAAUGAUGCCAAAGUCGACAGAUUCUGUAGUGUCUUUGGUGGAUUACCUGUUACAAACUCAGGAUCUAAACCAGGAUGGAUUACUGGCUCCCUCAGAGCUGUUAUCAUCGUCCAUGCAGGACCAUCAGCAAGAAAACAACAUUGUGCUCCCUGAUGCUCCAGCUGAGCCAGUGGAGGACACCUUAAAACAGGAGCAAACAGAGGAUGGUGAUGCUGAUACUCACCAGCAAGAGGCAGCGGUCCAAGACAAUCAGGAACCUGAACAGAAACAGGAACAGCUAUUACCUGCUGAAGAACAUAAUGAGACAGAAGAUCCAGCUCAAGAAGAACAUAAACAGGCUGAGGAACCAUCAGAUCAGAACCAGAUACCAGAAUCAGAUUAAGAGCAGCUGGGCAGACUACAGCCCCCAGAAGAUCAGGAGCUGCAAUAUGGUCAGCAGGAAUAGGAGACCAUGCCAGUCCAUUAAAGUGACCUAGAGAUGUAAUGCCAAAUUAAGCAUGAAGUGCAACAUUAGAGACAAAUCAGCCAUACUUUGAAAACCACAACGCUUGUCAAGUCUCCUGUUUAGUUUCACAUGCUGCAUAUAUUGUUUGACUGAAGCAUAAUUUAUUUCUAGGUACUAAAGAUUUUAAGUCCAAAAGCAUGUGUUAAUGAUAUAGUUCUUGUGAGUCCACCAAACUGAAGACAACUCUAAUAUACUUUGCUUUUAAUUAUCAUAGAUUCUAAAAAAAAAAAAGGUUCCGCUAGAAUGUAUUCAUCACAUAUUCAUCUGAAUUAGUAACGUGUUAUUCAAACUAUGCAAACCCAUAAAAGCUUGGAUUUUACUAAAAGCUUGGAGACUUUAAUUCAAAAAUUUUUCUAUGCUCAAAUGUUUUCUUGAGUUAAAAUGCCUUGGAAAUAAACAGCCAAAUUAGUGGUGGAGUGUAUAUUUUAAGAUGCUGUUACAAAGUACUUUUUUCUGACUUGUGUGCAACUCAGAAUUUGGAUGGCUCAGGAUGCAUUUUUAACAUAGUUUAACAAAGUUUUAACUUUGGUGCAAAAUGUACAGCAAGUAAGAAUAAGCAAAGAUCUGUAUUCUACUUUCAGUGCAACACCAAAAGGCUUAAAGGGAUAGUUCGCCCAAAAAUGAAAAUUUGCUAAUUAUUUACUCACCCUCAUGCCAUCCCAGAUUUCUUCUGCUGAAUACAAACAAAGAUUUUUAGGUCCUCACAAUGCAAGUGAAUGGGUAUUACAAUUUUGAAGCUCCAAAAAGCACAAAGACAGCAUAAAAGUAAUCCGUAUGACUCCAGUGGUUAAAUACAUAUAUUCAGAAGCGAUAUGAUAAGUGUGGGUGAGAAACAGAUCAAUAUUUAUGUCCUUUUUUACUAUAAAUUAUCCUCCCUGCCCAGUAGGUGGCGAUAUGCAUGAAGAAGGAGAAUCACCAAAAACAAAAGAAGAAGAAUGUGAAAGUGAGAUUUAUAGUAUAAAAGGACCUGAGUAUUGAUCUAUUUUUUACCCACACCGUAUCACUUCCGAAGAUAUGGAUUUACCCACUGGAGUCGUAUGGAUUACUUUUAUCCAACAUUUAUGUGCUUUUGGAGCUUCAAAAUUUUGGUCACCAUUCACUUGCAUUGUAUGGACCUACAGAGCUGAAAUAUUCUUCCAAAAAUCUUCGUUUGUGUUCUGCAGAAGAAAGAAAGUCAUACACAUCUGGGAUGAUAUGAGGGUGAGUAAAUUAUGAGAAUUUAAAUUUUGGGGUAAAAUAUCCCUUUAAGACCACUCAUUUUCAGGCACAAAUUUUGGUUCCAUUUCU